AUGGAGUUUCUGUACGUGUGCGACGCCUCCGCGGCCGUCGCCGGCGUGGCUGCCGCGCUCAUUUUCGACCCCGCCAGUAACCGUGGAGAUGGACGGCAGCUCCCAUGGAGCACGUCGCCGACGCGCGCGACACUCUUGCCCGAGAACGACGACGACGACCAAAACCAGGAUGAAGAUCGGAUCAGCGCGCUCCCUGAUGACAUCCUUCUCGACAUCCUCAAACGCCUUGAUCUACAUACAACGAUCCAAUCUAGCACCCUCGUCAUGACCGCCUACACGGGGGCCGUCAGGAGUCUGCUGCUGCCGUCAUCUCCCGCCAACGACCCAACCAUCAAGCACCUGGAGCUCAGCUUCUACCUGACAGAACCUUACCUGCAGUCCAUCGGCCGUGCUGUUGCCAAUGUCACGGAGAGUGGCAAGACCAACCGCCUUGACUUCACAAUCUGGACAGAUGUUGGCCAUCCAGAAUAUGAGCAGUGUCUGUUGUUUGGAGAGCGUCUCAUGUCCUUCUUCCAAUCAUACCCUGUUGCAUUCAAAUGGCUCACCAGGCUCACUCUGCAGAACAUCACAUUUGGAGAGACUGACGUUCACAAUCUCCUCAACACCUGCUACAAGCUAGAGCUCCUUUCCUUGUCCUACUGUGAUGCUGUAAUCAACCCCGUCACCGGCGAGGAUGCUAUCCUCACAAUAGAUGCGCCACACUCGGCUCUCCUUGCCCUUGAGGUAAUUACCUGUGGGUACGCAAGGGUUGACCUGAUCCAGGUGCCAAAUCUUAGGAUGCUGCUCUGCGCUAACUGGAUUGGUGGAAACCCCCCACUGGUUUUUGGCAACGUGCCUCAACUUGACAAUGUAGCCCAUCGUCUCACUGCACUGCAUUGGCAGACUCCAUUCACAUUGAGCCACUGCUUAGCCAACACCACAAGUUUAUCAGCCUUUAUACCUGAAUUUCUACAAUCAAUUGAUUUGGAUUGA